AGUGUGUGAACUUAACCACUUGGCCACGGGGCCGGCCCCUAAAAAGUUUGUUCUUUAUUAGCAGGCAUUUGUAAGUCAUUGAUGAUUUCUAAAGAGAGGAGUAUGAAUAUCAAAAGAAGAUUAAUCUGGCAGUAGUGUGCCAAAUUAGAGUAGGAAAAAUAUGAAGGAAGGGAUAUGGGGUGUAUUUUUGAAGGAAAAAUGAUUUGGGCAUUGACUAGGUAGUUAUCAAAGGAGUGGGGAGCUGGUAGUUAGGAGAGUGAGUGAUCAAAAAUGGUGAUAAUCUAUCUUAGGGCCCCAAGAAAAAGGUGCUUCUACAAAGGAAAAUAGGCAAGUAGGAGGGCAGAUGUGGGAUUCAGUUGUAGACAUAUUAUUUGAAUUUCUGGCCAGACACCCAGAUUUGUCCUCAGAAAGUAAGGGCAGGUGUGGAGUUGGGGAUUUUGGAGCUACCAAAACUUGAAUGAGAGCACCAAAGGGGACUGUAGUAAACUCAGCUCCUGUUCGGAUUGAUGUUGGCAGAGGAAUCCAGAGAGAGCCAUCUGAGCACUCAUAAGUGCAUCACAUCAGGAGGCACCCGGUGUCAGUUUGUCCCAAUUUUAGUGAAAUUAAGCUGAUGGCAGACAGCAAACUUGGACGGGAAAGGCCAGAGGGGAGAACAUGAGGCCGAACAGGGAGGAGGAGAAAAGGACGAUGAAAGGCAUAAAAGAGGGAUGAAGGGAAUGAGGAUUUAGGGGAAGGGGCCACACAUGAUAAUCUUACGGACUUAGGGGUUCCUUCCUGUGUGUAUUUCCAUGCACACAGGUGCUCAACACACCUUGACUUCUGGUAAAAGGAAAUAAUUCCAAGCUGGUAUAAUGAGAGGCUUGAGUCUUUGAAUAGUGAGCAUUGUUUUUUAAAAAGCCGGUGAACUUGAGAGAUUUCUUUGAGUUCUUAAAAUUAUCUGAUGGCUGAAAUACAACUUUGCUUAAAGACUUGAAGUGACUAUUUUCAAUAGAUGUAAUAUUUUAGGGGAUAAUGAUAGAUUCAUGUAAAAAAAGUUUAAAAACAGAAAAGUAUAAAGAAGGAAAAAACUACAAAAUCUCAACAGAGUUAACAUUCUGAAGAACAUUGUUCCACAUCUCUAGUUGUGUGUGUAUAAUUAUACAUAAAAGAGAUUUUACUGUACCUGAGUUUUUUUUAAUGUUUUUUUAAAGAAGCCAGAGGUUAAUGAUUAAGGGAAGUUAGCAUACAACCCUUCUACAUAACAAUUAAUUGCAUUCUUGAAUGGCAGAGUUCUGUUUAAGUAAUUGGGAAAACAACUGAGGAGACGUUUAAGGGACACCUCUAUUUCAGCAGACAAUUUACAGAAGAUACAUACUUAGCAGGAUACUCACCAUCAGUACCAGGCAAAAAAGAUAAGCGGAGAGGCAGAGAAAAUCCAUUUCAAAGGAAGUGGUGGAAUCUCACACAUAUGAAGUCUGAAAAUAGACCCAACAUAGCAGAAAUGAUUCCAUAUGAAAUAUUCUUGCAUGGCAAGCGAAUAGACUUGAUAAAUAAAUGGGAUUUCCACUUCUGUUUGCUGUUUUCCCAUUUUGCAGCUAUACUUAAUUCAGGCAAGUAUCAUGAGUAGAUACUAAAAGUAUUGGUAAAAGUUUAAUGGAGAAUAGAAUAUUUACUCAAUCCCAAAGUAUAAUCUCACAUAGUAUUGCCAAAAAUAAAUCAAUUUCACAAUGAAGAAUUCUGCAAGACACUACUUUUACCGGGAUAGCAAGGUUAACUUCAGUAAAAUUGAGACAAACUGAGAUUGUGUGCCUCCUUAUGUGUUGCAGUUACGUAAAGUAAUGAGGUCAAAGUGUAUAUGCUGAAUCUCUUCAAGAGGAAAGGUUAGACUAAUCCAAAAGAAGGAACAUGCUACAAAGCUGUCCUUUGUUCUUCAAAAAUGUCAGUGUCGUGGACAUCUUUCCGUGAUACUUUUAAAAGCAGUCCAUCUCCAAGGCCAUGAAGGACCUGUUUAUGCAGUGCAUGCUGUUUACCAGAGGAGGGCAUCCGACGUGUUGCAUACACUGAUGGUUUCUGCAGCUUCAGAUUCUACUGUUCGAGUCUGGUCUAAAAGGGGUUUGGAAGUAACGUGCCUUCAGACCUUGAACUUUGGAAGUGGGUUCACUCUGGCUCUCUGCUUAUCUUUUUUGCCUGAUACUGAUGUACCAAUAUUAGCAUGUGGCGAUGAUGACUGCAGAAUUCACUUAUUUGUUCAACAAAAUGAUCAGUUUCAGAAAGUGCUUUUUCUCUGUGGACAUGAGGAUUGGAUAAGAGGCGUGGAGUGGGCAGCCUUUGGUAGAGAUCUUUUCCUAGCAAGCUGUUCACAAGAUUGCCUGAUACGAAUAUGGAGGCUGUAUAUAAAAUCAACAUCUUUAGAAACUCAGUAUGAUGAUAAUGUAAGACUGAAGGAAAAUACUUUCACUGUAGAAAAUGAAAGUAUUAAAAUAGAAUUUGCGAUUACUCUGGAAACUGUGCUGGCUGGUCACGAAAACUGGGUAAAUGCAGUUCAUUGGCAACCUUCAUUUUAUAAAGAUGGUGUUCUACAGCAGCCAAUGAGAUUGUUGUCUGCCUCGAUGGAUAAAACCAUGAUUCUCUGGGCUCCAGAUGAAGAGUCAGGAGUUUGGCUAGAGCAGGUUCGAGUAGGUGAAGUGGGUGGAAAUACUCUGGGAUUUUAUGAUUGCCAGUUCAAUGAAGAUGGUUCCAUGAUCAUUGCUCAUGCUUUCCAUGGAGCAUUGCACCUUUGGAAACAGAAUGCAGCUAACCCAAGAGAGUGGACUCCAGAGAUUGUCAUUUCGGGACACUUUGAUGGUGUCCAAGACCUAACGUGGGAUCCAGAAGGAGAAUUUAUCAUCACUGUUGGUACUGACCAGACAACUCGACUUUUUGCUCCAUGGAAGAGAAAAGACCAAUCACAGGUGACUUGGCAUGAAAUUGCAAGGCCUCAGAUACAUGGAUAUGAUCUGAAAUGUUUGGCAAUGAUUAAUCGGUUUCAGUUUGUAUCUGGAGCUGAUGAAAAAGUUCUUCGAGUAUUUUCUGCACCUCGGAAUUUCGUGGAAAGUUUUUGUGCCAUUACGGGCCAAUCACUGGCUCAUGUGCUUUGUGAUCAAGAUGGUGAUCUUCCAGAAGGAGCUACCGUCCCUGCUUUGGGAUUAUCAAAUAAAGCUGUCUUUCAGGGAGAUAUAGCUUCUCAGCCUUCUGAUGGAGAGGAGCUGUUAACUAGUACUGGUUUCGAGUACCACCAGGUGGCCUUUCAACCCUCCAUACUUACUGAACCUCCCACUGAGGAUCAUCUUCUGCAGAAUACUUUGUGGCCUGAAGUUCAAAAACUAUAUGGACACGGUUAUGAAAUAUUCUGUGUUGCUUGUAGCAAUUCAAAGACUCUGCUUGCCUCAGCUUGUAAGGCAGCAAAGAAAGAGCAUGCAGCUAUCAUUCUUUGGAACACUACAUCUUGGAAACAGGUGCAGAAUUUAGUUUUCCACAGUUUGACUGUCACGCAGAUGGCCUUCUCUCCUAACGACAGGUUCUUACUAGCUGUUUCCAGAGAUCGAACCUGGUCACUGUGGAAAAGGCAGGACACGGUCUCACCUGAGUUAGACGCAGUUUUCAGUCUCUUUGCCUUCACCAACAAAGUCACUGCUGUGCACAGUCGAAUCAUUUGGUCUUGUGAUUGGAGUCCUGAUGGCAAGUAUUUCUUCACUGGGAGUCGGGACAAAAAGGUGGUUGUCUGGGGUGAGUGUGACUCCAGCGAUGACUCCAUGGAGCACAGCAUCGGCCCCUGCUCCUCUGUCCUGGAUGUGGGUGGAGCUGUGACAGCUGUCAGCAUCUGCCCAGUGCUUAACCUUUCCCAACGAUAUGUUGUUGCGGUAGGAUUAGAAUGUGGAAAGAUUUGUUUAUACACCUGGAGAAAGACUGACCAAGUUCCAGAAAUCAAUGACUGGACUCACUGCGUAGAAACAAGUCAAAGCCAAAGUCACACACUUGCUAUCAAAAAAUUAUGUUGGAAGAACAGUAAUGGAAAAACUGAACAGAAUGAAGCGGAAGACAUUGAAUGGUUACACUUUGCAAGUUGUGGUGAAGAUCACACUGUGAAGAUAUACAAAGUUAACAGAUGUGCACUGUAAUGGACUUAAUGACUGCAAGCAUAUAAUCGUUGGUGUCUUAAAAUAUUUAUCAUCUAAAAAGACAACCUUUCUUCACUUCAUAAUUUAACCAAGUUUCAUUUUUAAGUGUCACAGCAAUAGUACUUGAGUCACAGAUCCUUUAAAAUCUGAUGAAAGCUAUAGACCCUUUUCUCAAAAUUGUUGUGUAUGCACACACCCUCAGAACAUCACCCAUAUUUUCAGAGAUUCAGGGAUUCAGACCUGCAUCCAUGUGCCCCAGAUUAAGAACCUCUGUUCUUUCCUUAUGACCAAAUUUGCCUAAUUUUGUGUUAUUUUGGGCCUUCUCUUUUCAUAUGCCCCUCUUUUGGGACAUUUCAUUAUUUAUUAUCCUUUUUAAAGAGAAGACAUGGAAAAUAAAAAGAAAUAAAACCCAGAUUACUCAGUUUUUAUCUUCACAGUUUUUGUAAAUAAACAGACCACACAAAGUGUGGUCCUGACCCCUCCAUCCCAGUACACACCAACCAUCCUAGGAAUUUGGCAGGCGAUUGUUUGAGCCACAGGCUGUCCUUUCCUUUAUUCUUUAAAAGUCCAUUCUUCUCUUUGGGUUGGAUUUAAAGUAGAAUGUCUGACAUUCUACUUCAGAUGUAGGGGCUGAAAAAUGGGAGUUCUGAAUCAUCUGAAAUUAUGUGAAGACACAUAAAUGAGUCGUGAGAGUAAAGGAUGUCCCCCAGGGAGAAUGAGUAGGGAGAGCAGAGGGAAGAAGAAGGUGCCAGAAACAGAGUGUUGGGUGGGCCAGUUGAGGUGUGGGAGGCAGGCCAUGAGGACUGGAAGCUUGGGAGUUGGGUGGAGAGAGGUUAUAGAGAGGGUGUGAGAGGCACUAUGAAGACUGCUGUGGGAGUGGAGGCUUGCCCUGACCCUGUUGGAACAUGGAGUCAUCUGGCAAAUUGGCAAUUAAAUGAAUACUGUACAUCAUAAAUGUGCUGAAAGAAGA